UCUUCAUGAUAAGCCUCUCCUUUUUCAUUUCUUUUCGUAUAUGAGAGGAGAAACUUAGUUAUAUCUGUGUCUAGCAACUUACAGAAGUUUUAUGAACUACAAUGGCCUUUUGUGAAGACAUGAGGAUCAUUAUGUGUAUUAGUAUUCUGGUAAUCUGGACCAUUCCUCCCUCCUGGGGGUGUAUGCAGGGGUGUGUUUGUGACAAUUCCACUGUGUGCUGUACUCGUAUCUUAACCUUCAGUGCCUUUACAUUUCAACCCAAAAUUACAAAACUCAACAUAACUGACAGUUAUCUAGGACCUCAGCUACAAACUUCUUUUUCUCCAUACAUGGAUUUAGAAGAGCUUUAUUUAUCAAAUAACAGACUUCAUGCACUGGAUAAAAAUAUAUUCAAGUUCCUGCGGAGGUUAACAUACCUUGACCUCAGCAUGAAUCACCUAGUGCGCCUUGACAACCACAUUUUUCAACAUUUGACAUCUCUAGAAGUUUUAGAUCUCAGUCACAACGACUUCUUUAUUUUGCCAGACAUUCCAUUCAGAUACCUUAGUAACCUUCGAGUUUUCAACAUGAGUUUUAACCAAUUACAGAACCCUAAACUAGGACUCAGAUUUCAGGUCAUGACCUCUCUAAAUGUCCUUGACCUCUCAGGAAAUAACUUUACUGUCAUUGGGAAGGAUACAUUUGAAUAUACCAAAGGAUGGUCUGAUCAAGUUCCUAAACAUGUCAAUUUGUCUAAGUGUGCAAUAUCAGUUAUAGAACCUGAUACUUUUGCCUACCCAGUGAGAAUGGAGCUUCUGUCACUGGCAGGGAAUUCUGGGAUAGGUGUGGAAAAUCUCACAGACAUGUUCAACUCCUCUCAUUUUGAACAACUCAAACAUCUGGAUAUCUCUGAUAUGAACCUGACAGAAGUGACUGAUCUUAUUCCAAUGUUGAGUAAAACCUCUGUGUCUGAACUAAAAAUAGCCAGGAACAACCUCCAGGAAAUCCCCCUAAGUCUGAGGGAUUAUCUCCGUCGUCUCACGGUUCUGGAUGUCAGCUAUAAUCAACUAGACAAACUUUCUAAUGCUGUGACCGAAAUCGGUGGACUCCUUCAUCUGGAUGCCUCACAUAAUAAAAUCACAGAGAUAGAUGAAACUUUCAAACAAUCUCUGACAAACCUCCAAACCCUGAGAUUAUCUCAUAAUCGUCUUGGAGACAACUCUGUAGUUGUAACAAAAUGCGAGUCCCUGAAAUUACUAGAACUUAGCUUCAAUGAAAUGACACGUUACCAGGCACCCAGCACACUAAAAGACCUAGAAGACCUGUUACUCUCUGGAAACAGGAUCAACAACAUCUCCACCAUGACUGGACUUCACAACCUUCAGAGGUUUGACAUCAGUCAGAACAGCCUGGUUCAGCUCCCAGAAUUCCUGUUUCUGGACUCCAGGAAGCUAGUCCACACAAACUUCAGCUCCAAUAAGAUAUCUAUGGUGUACCAUCAAACAUUCCGUCCCAAGUCACCAGAUGUGAUUGAUUUGUCCAAUAACAAACUUGUGAGGUUGAGGAAUGCUGGCUGGAAGACUGCCAAAUCUAUAGAUCUCCAUGGUAACAAGAUCAGUGAAAUGGAUGACCAAUCAUUUUAUGCCAUGUAUGAUUUGAAAGAGUUAGAUUUGAGUCAAAAUAAUCUUAGUCAACUGAAACCUGCUGUAUUUGUCUUUUUGAGUGACCUGGUAGUUCUCCAAUUACAACACAACCACAUAUCUAAUGAUAUUGAGCUUUACAACACAAUGCAGUCAUUAUAUCAGAUCAAAAGCAUUGAUCUAAGCCACAAUAAAUUCAGAUAUUUGACUGAGGGAACGUUCAACUCCUGUCCAAACUUAGAAAAGAUCAGCAUGAGUGAUAACCCUAUCCAUGUACUCCACUCUUCCACCUUAUCUGUGCUGAAGAAACUACAAGAAGUGGAUUUUUCCAACAGCAAUUUUUUAUGUGGAUGUGAACUUGUUGAUUUCCAAGAGUGGAUGUUAAUGACAAAAGUCAGAAUUAUCCACCAUUCUAACAGCAGCUAUGUAUGUAAGUCCCCGAUCCACAGACUAGGAGUGGAUGUGAGAAGUUAUGAAAUGAGUGACUUUGAAUGUGAUGAGACCCUGUUUUAUGUAACAGUGUUUUCCUCUAUAGCAGGUGGUAUCAUGGUGAUUGGUGUCAUUGCAGCUCUCAUUUACUACUACUGCUGCAAAAAUAAAACACAGAAAACAGAGAAAAUGUACAAACCCAUCAUGAAUGGAAGUGUUCCUUUGAAAGAGGAAAAGAGAAGGAGAGGCAUUCCCAUUGAAAUUCUAAAGAAUGCAGAUGCCAGUGAAGUGGAGAAACUCCUUAAAGCAGAACAUCGAAGAAAGAAGGAACCUGAGCUUUCUCAGAAAAUGAAAGUCAAAGAGGACUCCAAGAAAAAGAGGCAUAAAAAGAACACAGUAGAAAACAGGAUCACAAGAGAUAUGAUCAGAUACCCUGGGAUUCAACGUGAUGUAAGAACGUUACCCAGGAUGAGAGAAAAUCGAUAUGUGGAUAGACGUGAUUACUAUAGACCGACUCCAUCACGCCCCAUAUACAAUCCCUAUCUGUACGACCGUAGUAAAAGCCAAGCAGACCUUUAUCCACCUUCAAGAAGGUCACAAUAUUAUGGAUACAGAGAGAGACAGAGGAACCCCUAUUAUACUGCCCAGAACGUGGAUAUUAUUCGUCGUCCUCGACCAAGAUACAGCCAGAGCAUGCCAGAUAUGCUGAACAGAAUUACCACCCUUCCUAAGCCACGCCCCCCUAGGGAGCCCUGUUAUAUCAGUCGAGAUCCAAGAACUGAGGGAAGUUCUUAUGAUGUGAGGGCUUUUAAUGAUCCAGCUUACAGGCCAUGGGCAGGUCAAGAGAGGUGGGAAGAAAGCAGAAGGGAAUAUAUAGCUCCUGAUGUCCCCCCUGAACCCCCUACAAUACAUUCUGGAUAUUACACGAUAUCCGCUAAAACAGCAGAGAGGGGAAGUGGAAAUAGAACACAGUGGAUAUAAUCUAGUUUGUAUCUUAAUAUAAAAUCAAACCUCUGAGCUUUUGAAAAACAAAGUUUGUUUUCAAGUAUAGGAACAAAGUUUUCCUGGAAACUCAUUUAUUCUACCUUUCUCUAAGUACAUUGGAUCUUAGAACUGAAUUCAUAUACAGUUUCAUUAGUUGUAGUUAAUAAUAAAAUGCAUAAAUCCAA